ACAGGCUAUGGUUACUGUAUCCUGUCUGUUGAUACUUAGCUCCGCCUCCUCCCUCCUUCAAAACCUCAGACUCUGCAGAAAACCACACAGCAGCUCCAGCCCAGCUGUCAAUCAUCAGUCAGCAGCAGGGGCUGAUGGGAGUUCUGAGGACCUGUUAGAAACCGCCCGGCUCAGUCUGACCCCGCAGCUCGUCCUGGUUUGGCCUCACUUCUCGUCAGGUUCACCAGAGGAAAACAACAAAAUGUUUCUCCUCCCUGCUGUGGCUCUGUGCUGUGUGAGCUCAGCGCUGGCUGCCAUGACAACAGAGCUCAAACAGGACAGUUUGUCACUGACCAGGAGAGUUGGAGAAAGUGUCUCCUUCAGCUGUGAACGUUUAGACCUGUGUUAUUCAGGUUAUAAUUAUGUGUUCUGGUACCAGAAAAAAGACAACGAAACAUUCACAAGGAUUCUGAGGAUUGAUAAGAGUGAUGGUGUAGUGAACAAAGAUGAUUACAAUCAUCCUCAGAAAGAUUAUUUCUCAGCUGUGAUCAAACAGAACGGCGUUGAGCUGCAGAUCCAGAAGGUUAAUUCCUCUCAUUCAGCCACAUACUACUGCUCCUGUUGGAAAAGGGUUAACACCCACAGUGAGAAAUGAUCCGAGCAGGCUGAACAAAAACCAACAGAUGAGCAGAAGUCAGAUAAUGUUUGUGACAGGAAGACAGCAGUAAACCACAGCUCACUGAGUCAUUCACCUCCAUCACACACAGGAUGAACUGAGGGAUUAUUUUACUGGUGUCUGGAUUGAUUCUUCAUUUUAUUUCUUUGUUUUUCUCAAUCAGAUAUUUCAGUAAGGUCAUGGUUAGUCCACACUGUGAGGACAAAGAGAGAAGAGCAGAAACACAUUGACAAAAUAAAUAAAUACAAUAAAA